AUGGCACAGACUGGCAUACGACGAGACCCUGUGGCAGCGACUAGACCUGGGCAGCAAGACCUUGGCUAAAGAUGCUUUAGGACGGAUCCUGGCCAGGAAACCUGUUAUUGUCAGACUUGCUAGCUCUGAGAUAGGAGAGUGGCACCCCACCACAUUACCGGAGCCGUCCCGCAUCCAGUACUUAGACCUGAGCAUGGCCUCCGUGGAUCCACAAACCUUGGACAAUCUACUCCAAUCGUGUCCUCACCUGUGCAAGCUCAGCGUCGAGAGCGUCCAGUUGUCUGACAACACUUGUGAAUUAAUCGGUAAAUGCAGUAAAUUAGAAACUUUGAAUCUCACAAUGGCGCAAGGUAUCACUGCUGAAGGGCUGAGUGCAAUAUUAACAGGAUGUCCUGGAUUGCAAUCUCUUAACAUAUCUUGGUGUAACCUGGACGAGGCCGCAUUGAAUGUGCUCGUGGCCAAACUACCGCAGAAAUUGCAGCGUUUAAACAUCAGUGGUACUAGAAUAAUGUCUGAUGCGACGGUGGAGGGCGUGUGCGCGCGCUGCCCGCGGCUGGUGGAGCUGGACGUGUCGGACUGCGGCCGCCUCACGGCGCGCUGCGCGGCGGCGCUGGGCGCGCUCGCCCGCCUCGAGCACCUCGCCACCAGCCGCUGCUACAUGCUGCCGCCCCACGCGCUCUACAAACUCGGCAGUACCCCGUCGCUACAGUAUUUGGACGUUUGGGGGAUGCUACAGACCCAGGCCCUCUCUGCACUCCGUACCGCCCUACCUCACGUACAAUUAAACCAGUUCAUGUUUAGUGCUAUAGCAAGGCCAACAGUGGGCCCGAGAAGAACAUCUAUAUGGGGACUACGCACCAGAGACUGA